AGGCGCGAGCCGCACCGGAAACGUCCCUUCGCAAACUCUCCCCGGAGAAUCGAGCGGCUUCUCUUUUGCGCCAGCCGCGGGGUCGGGGCCGGAACUGUGAGCUGGGACCUGAGUUCCAGCCGGGCCCUAUUCGGUGUCUCACUUACUCAUUCUCCCUCCCCCCCCCGCGGCGUUACCGGGGUAACGGAGUCGUUGGAGCAGCGAGGAGCCCGGGGCAAGAUGAUGCUCUCCCGGGCCAAGCCGGCCGUGGGGGGCGCCCCGCCGCAGGGCGACAAACGGAAGAAGAAAGGCAAGAAAGUCCCGCAGCUGGAGGAGCUGCUGGCCCAGAGGGACUUCACCGGCGCUAUCGCCCUGCUGGAGUUUAAACGGCAUGUGGGGGAACAAGAUGAGGACACUGACCUCUGGAUUGGAUACUGCGCCUUUCACCUGGGGGACUACAAGAGAGCAUUGGAGGAGUAUGAGGCUUUGACCAAGCAACCAGGUUGCAACCCUGAUGUCUGGGUGAACCUAGCAUGCACUUACUUCCUCUUGGGGAUGUAUACACAAGCUGAACAGGCAGGCUUGAAAGCACCUAAAAGUCGACUCCAGAAUCGUCUGCUCUUUCAUCUAGCACAUAAGUUCAGUGAUGAAAAGAAAUUGAUGAGCUUCCACCAGAAUUUGCAGGACAUCACAGAAGAUCAGCUUAGUCUGGCAUCUAUCCACUAUAUGCGGUCCCACUACCAAGAGGCUAUUGAUAUCUACAAACGCAUACUGCUUGAUAACCGGGAAUACCUGGCUCUCAACGUAUAUGUGGCUUUAUGUUACUACAAACUGGAUUACUAUGAUGUUUCACAAGAGGUGCUGGCUGUUUACCUUCAGCAAGUUCCUGACAGCACCAUAGCUCUUAACCUCAAGGCUUGUAACCACUUCCGUCUUUACAAUGGCAAGGCUGCUGAGGCAGAACUCAAGAGUCUGAUGGACAAUGCCUCGUCAUCUUUUGAGUUUGCUAAGGAGCUCAUUAAACACAAUCUGGUUGUAUUCCGAGGUGGGGAAGGGGCUCUGCAGGUUCUGCCACCCCUGGUUGAUGUUAUUCCUGAAGCCAGAUUGAACCUGGUGAUUUACUAUCUCCGUCAAGAUGAUGUGCAGGAGGCUUAUAACCUGAUUAAGGACCUGGAACCUACAACUCCACAGGAGUACAUACUCAAGGGAGUGGUGAAUGCAGCCCUUGGACAGGAAAUGGGCUCAAGGGAUCAUCUGAAAAUUGCUCAACAGUUCUUCCAGCUUGUGGGAGGAUCAGCCAGUGAAUGUGAUACAAUCCCAGGGAGACAGUGCAUGGCCUCCUGCUUCUUUCUGCUCAGACAAUUUGAUGAUGUCCUGAUUUACCUCAACUCAGUCAAGAGUUAUUUCUACAAUGAUGACACUUUUAACUUUAACUACGCCCAAGCCAAAGCUGCCACUGGCAAUACCAGCGAGGGUGAGGAGGUGUUCCUCUUGAUCCAGAGUGAGAAGAUAAAGAAUGAUUAUGUUUACCUUAGCUGGCUGGCUCGUUGCUAUAUCAUGAAUAAGAAGCCUCGACUGGCCUGGGAGCUCUACCUGAAGAUGGAAACCUCAGGAGAGUCCUUCAGUCUCUUGCAACUCAUUGCAAAUGACUGCUACAAGAUGGGCCAGUUUUACUAUUCAGCCAAAGCCUUUGAUGUUCUGGAGAGACUGGACCCUAACCCUGAAUACUGGGAAGGCAAGAGGGGUGCCUGUGUGGGCAUCUUCCAAAUGAUCUUAGCUGGCCGAGAACCCAAAGAGACAUUGCGGGAAGUGCUACAUCUCCUAAGGAGCACUGGUAACCCUCAGGUAGAGUAUAUCAUCCGCAUCAUGAAGAAGUGGGCCAAAGAGAACAGAGUGCCUGUCUAAGACAGCAUCACCAAGAAAACCAGGUCAGAUGCCAUCUUUUUGUGCAUAGCGGAGGGCAUGGAGUCCAGCCCUCCCCCCCCACACCUUCAUUCACCCUCCCACCCCACACACAUCUUCCUUGUAGUCUUCGUUUAGGGCUGGCCUCUCAUCAAACAUUAAAGAGACUGCCAAACUCUCAGAUGGAGCAAAAAGAGUACUGGAGUUGGACUGCACAAAAUUUCAAUGAUUUUGGUAUGAAGGAUUUCUUUUGGACAGAAGGGGUUUGAAUUCCAUGCUCUUCUCACCUAGAUCCGAGUGGCGUUUUUUCUGUUCUACAGCAAUCCCAGUGUCUAGUUCAAGGGUUCUCAACCUUUUUCAUAUUUUGAUUCCAAUGUUCAGCAACUCAAACUGUCCCUCACAGGCACUCCAGACUCCUUUGCACCAGCUCCCACAGUACUGCAUAAGAUGUACUGUGGCAAUUUGAGAGGUUUACAUUUUAAAAUAGUUCUCCUGGCCUUCAAAGAAGAACUCAGCAAAUCUGCUUCAGCACAAGAGUGGUGAUGGCAAAUGGAAGAAGGAUUGUGUUAUCUUAGCAACUGACUUACUAUUAACAGUUAACAUGUUUUUAAUAUUCCUGGCCUACUGCAGGGUGGAACACACCACAUCCUGAGCAACAUCCAUUUUGAGAUGGAUCCUACUGACCAAUUUAUAACCUCUUUAUCUCUUUCCUUUUUGUCCAAAAGGAUUUGCUAUCCCUUGGCCAAAGUCAGAUUAAUUCUGAACAUGAAGCUAAUCAACCACAAAUGCAGGGCCCCAGAAUUGCUUACUUAUUUUCAAGGAGGAUAGUUACAAGAUUUGGGGGAUUGCUUUUCAAAGCAUGAGGUUCUGAUUGGCUGAGCUGUUUCUUGCUAUAGAGUCUGAUCCUGCAAACAUUUGUGCAUGUUAGUAAAUUUGCUCAUGUGAAUUGUCCCACCAGUUUACCUCUCGCAUCAAUAAAGUUAUUCAUGUAUGUUUACAGGAUCAGGCCCUUCACCAGUCACUACCUUAGACAGCAAUAUGUUGUGCGUUUGCUUGACAGUUUUGCCCAGCAAAUACUCUGCUGUGUUUCAAGGUGGUCUGGAAAGGGAAUUGGGGAGAAUCCUUUUCAGAAUAGACCACUUAAUCCUAAAGGAGAUGAAAUUCUAAGAAGAUGCACAAUGGAUAUGAUAUAGAAAUGAAUUGUAGAGCUUACAGUACAUAAUAUCUGUACAUUAUUUGUAAAGGAAAAAUUACUUAACUUAUAAAGUAUUUUUGUACCUUGUGACAAGAUAUUUCAUUGAACACUAUGAUGUUUGUACCUUGAUUAAAGCUUAUACUUGGAUUUUCA